CAAAUUGCAACACACAAUUUAGUAGCCUGCGAGCUAAUGGGUUUUUUUUAAAAAAAAACAAUUUAGUAAUAAAAUUAUUUGGAAUGGACAUUUGAUCUAUACGGAGCCCCCGUAGUUUACGAAUCUGAGGGCACGGUUUACACAUGGCUGUAUUUUUUUUCUUACCUGAGACUUGGGGGGCUCCGUUGAUCUAUGUUCUGUUCAUAAAAAAGAAAAUACAUUUACAAAAAAAUCUUCGUGAUCAGUAGGGGCCUCCCCUAGAAGGCGGACCCAGGGUUGUUCGUGCCUCAGAUCCCCCAAAACUCCGCCAAUGGAAAGGCUCCAUGAAGUAAACGCUUUUCAUCACUUCAGUUUGGAACAACCCUACAAACGAUGCCCCUCGCACCCGGUUCAUCACUCCGGAAUGGAACACAACAGGAAAGAAAACACACAACUACUGAGUCCUUCCGCCGAUGAAUCGAUUCACACGAGUCGGUUAAUAGAAUCGUUUGAAAGACCGAUUCUUUGGAGAGUUUUACCCAUCACUGUGUCGUAUUAAAAUAAACGGUAAGGCGACCGGUAUAAUAAUGUAACCAUACUGGAAAUAAUCACAGCCAACAGCGACAACGCCUGCCAUCAUGGGAGCCAUUUGCUCAGACUGGGAGAUUGGAGACAACACGCCAGGUUGUAAUAGUUCUUUUUGGGGUUCGCUGAUGGCUAACUGGUGCUGUAUCCUGUAAUGAUGAGAAUGGCAUCCAGCCAUGGAGAGACACGUGCCCAGAUUUGUGACUGCCUUUUUUCUCUUGGCACUAUCAGGGUUUAUAAUACUCAUCUGCAACAUCACAUCUCUGGAGAAGUUGAGUGGACAGGUUAUAGCUACCUUCUACCAAAUACAGAAUAGCAUCCACUCAGCGUUGAAUCCCCCUGGAAUCUUGUGGCCACUAGAGUUAAACCACACAUACUGUGCACACUUUGGCCAGGAGCCCACAGCAGAAGAGGCAAAAGAAGAGAGAUAUCUGCUCAAUUCCAUUGCAUGGCCAGGCCCCUUGGUGCAAGGCUUGCCUGUGGAGCUUAGCAGUGACCCUUCAAAGAGCUACUUUGUGAUUCAGGGCCCAGCAGAGCAACGCAUAGGUGGUCAGCUUGUGGUUAACGUUCAUGUGCAGAACUUCCUGGGUCUGCCUAAGAAGCAUGGUGGAGAUUUCCUUAUAGCUCGGUUACAUUCGCCUGAACUUGGCGCUGGCGUUGCAGGGCAGGUGCACGAUCAUCAUGAUGGCAACUAUACAGUGCUGUUCCCACUGCUGUGGGCUGGUGUAGUGUGGGUGGAAAUCACCAUGGUGCAUCCAAGUGAGGCAGUGGUGGUGCUCAAGAGGUUGCAAGAGGAGCAACCCAACCGGGUGUUUUUUAAAAGCCUGUUCCGCUCUGGCUUCUUGUCAGAGACCACUGUGUGCAACCUGUGCCUGCCAGUCAACCAGCAACCACUCUGCAACUACACUGACCCUGAAACCAGAGAGCCCUGGUACUGCUACAAACCCAAAAUGCUAGGCUGUGACACACGAAUAAAUCAUUCUAAAGGGGGCUACAAGAAGAACCUCAUUACUGAAUAUGAAGCACAAUUCUUCCAGAGUGAUGUAAAUAUCAAAGUUCCUAUACAUGCAUCAGGGAUGGACAAUGUGACUGUAUUACCUACAGAAAAAGGACAAGCCAAGGUAAAAUAUAAUUACAAUGUUGCUGGCUACUACUUUCACAAUUCCUGGAGGCCUUUGAGUGGUGCCAUCAUCCAGCAGUUCAAUGACUCCUCAAGCAUAACACGUUGUCUUAGAGGGAAGGUCAUGUACAUGUUUGGAGAUUCCACUGUGCGACAGUGGUUUGAAUACCUCACUGCUUUUGUUCCUGAACUGAAGGAGUUCAAUCUUCACAGCCCUAAGAAUGUGGGACCAUUCAUGGCUGUGGACAGCAGAAACAACAUUCUAGUGAGCUACCGUUGCCACGGGCCGCCCAUCCGCUUCACCUCAGUGCUUUCCUCUGAACUGCGCUAUGUAGCAAAUGAGCUAGACAGGAUCAAGGGUGGGCCAGACACAGUGGUUCUGGUGAGUGUGUGGUCUCACUUCAGCACCUUCCCUAUUGAAGUAUAUUUACGGCGCCUACGGCACAUCCGCAGGGCCGUGGUGCGGCUGCUGAACCGUGCGCCAGCAACCCUGGUGGUGAUCCGCACUGCCAACCUGCAGAAGCUUGACCCGGAGAGUAGUCUAUUCAACAGUGACUGGUUCUCUCUACAGAUUGAUGCUGUUCUGCAUGCAAUGUUCAGAGGACUCAAUGUGAAGCUGCUGGAUGCCUGGGAGAUGACGCUGGCCCACCACCUACCCCAUCUUCUACAUCCACCUCCCACCAUCAUCAAAAAUAUGAUGGACCUGAUCCUCUCUCAUGUCUGUCCAGUUGGGAGAAAAAAGAUGAGUCAUUUGUAAGAGGAGACUAAAAUAUAAUAAGCAUAGGCGAGGGUCUGACUCUUAAGCAUUUGCCACAAUUCACAGUUGACUCAUUGAAUGACUAAUUCCACACCAAUGUGAUUAAAUCUUUGUUCAUAUAUAUGUCUAGAGAGUCAACUGUCUCUGUGGCCUUAUCUAAUGCUGUUCUUGUACAACCCCAUGUCCGAAAAAGUUGGGACAGUAUGGAAAAUGCUAAUAAAAACAAGGAGGCAUGAUUUGUAAAUGCAUGAAGCGCAAACAGAUGAAGACAAAGGUAUUUGAUGUUUUACCUAAUCAACUGAAUAGUUUUUUGAAGAUAAAUGUUUAUUUUGAAAUUGAUGCAUGCAACACGUUCCAAAAAAGUUGGGACAGGGGCAAUUUAGGACUAAUGGUGAUGUGAAACAGGUCUAAUCAUCUAAUCAUAGUAUACAAGCAGCCUUCAAAAAAGGCCUGGUCCUUCAAGAGCAAGGAUGGGUCCAGGCUCACCAGUCCGCCAACUGAUGCGUCAGCGAAUAAUCCAACACUUUGAGAACAACAUUCGGUUGUUCGGUAGGAUUUGGGGCACUUCUAUGGAGUUAAAUUUGUGCCAAAACUAAACAAAAAUAUACCAUUUCGCAAACAAUCUGUUUUGCAAAGGAAAACUCAGCUCUCAAACAGAAAUCGAUUUUAUCACAAAUGCAUCAGUUUAAUUUUCUCUCAAAUGUGUAGGCUUGAUUUUCUCACAAAUGCAGCCAAGCAACUUUCUCUUCCAAACCAACAGGUGGUGCUAUCGGUCAAUUUGCACUAGUCUCCUGAGAGAAGCAUUACAACAUGCAUUAAAUUACACCACAAUAGAGUGCAGUAAAUAGUGUUUUUUAUUAAAUCCUGAAAUAAGGUCUGUGAUAAUCACAAGCUCAAAGUAUUUUCAUGUUUUAUUCUAUGAUAAUAACAAGUUUAUGCUCAAACUAUCCUUGUUUCAGACCUCAAUUACCCCAAGAGGAAAUUUUUAUUGGAGGUCUCUUAUUGAUAGAUUCGGUGGAGGAAAAGUUGGUUGUUGCCAUAUAAGUAUUGCAUACCAAAUAAAAUUAAGGAAGUUCAUUUUAGAAUCCUGCACAAAAUCUACCUAUGCAAUGCACUAUUAUCAAGAUAUUGUGAUGUAACUGAUACAUGUACUUUUUGUAAUAGUAAGCGUGAAAACCUGAGUCAUUUGUUCUUUUCAUUUAAAGUGUCUUCAUUUUUUUUUUUGCUAAUUGAGUAAUUACUGUUUGUCUAAAGUUAAUUUAAGUUACAAUUUAAGCAUAAACAAAGUUAGUUAUUAUUUUGAAAACAAAAACAAGGUGCUAGAAGCUAGGUUGAAUUUCUUUAUUCUUGGGAAAAAUUUUACUGUCACAAGCAAAGAUUUCUUAAAAAAUUACCAAGGUUUUUGCAAUUUUUAUCUGAAAUGGAGUAUUUAAUCAAAUCCUUGAGGUGACUUGAUAACAAAAGAUGUAUUUCUUUUCUAUUAUGCUAUGAUGAGAUCUUUCCUGUGCAUCUGUGAGGGCACCAUUAAUGCAGAAAGAUAUGUACACAUUUGGGAGCAACAUAUGCUGCCAUCCAGAGCAGGACAACGCCAAAGUACAUUCUGCCCGGAUUACAAGCACAUGGUUGUAUAAGCAGAGAGUGCGGGUGCUAGCAUGGCCUGCCGGCAGUCCUGACCUGUCUCUGAUUGAGAAUUUGUGGCGCAUUAUGAAACCCAAAAUAAGGUAAUGAAGGCCUCGUACAGUUUCGCAGCUGAAGAAAUGCAUAAUGGAUGAAUGGGGAAAAAUUCCACUUGCUAAACUUAACCAACUGGUGUCUUCAGCGCCCAAACGCUUAAUAAGGGUUAUUAAAAGAAAAGGUGAUGUUACACAGCCACAGACAGUCAAUUGUCCCAACUUUUCUGGAGUGUGUUGCAGUCAUCAGAUUUGAAAUGAGUGUAUAUUUUCCAAAAUAAAUUAAAUUCACAAAGUAAAACAUCAAAUAAAGUGUUUUCAAUAUAGUACAGGGUGAACUGAAUUUUCAAAUGAUUCUUGUUUGGGUUUUUGUGCAUUUUCCAUACUGUCACAACUUUUUCAGAAUUGGGGUUGUAUGUGUGUUAUGGAAAAAUUUGCUUUACAUCAGAAGUUGAAGCAGAGUAUUUUCUACUAUUUUAGAAUAAUAUUUAAGACAUUAUGACAUAACAUAUGGACUUAUGCAGUGACCAAGAAGUAUUAAGUAAAUCCAUUUUAAAUUUUAAAUUCAGUAUUCCUGAUGAUGCACACUCUUAAUAUCAUCUCAGUCAGCUUCAUGAGGGAGCUUCCCACAGGAGGCCUUUAGUAAUGAUCCCAAAUAGACUGAGGACUUAUUUCUAAGUAAUUAAAACAAUCUAAAUAAAAACUGCUUGCUUGCG